GUGAGUAAUUUUCCUCAGUCGGCCAGUAUUAGACCAGCAGUUGCGCGGCGACCCUCUUGAAAACCCAAUAAAAUAGGCCGGAAUUCCAAAAACAUUUAACCACAAAGUGAAAAAUGCUGAGGGCGUGGCUGCAUCCGAAUGGCAGUUAAAUUAUAAAUUGUAAUAUCAGAUUUCAAGACUCCUCAGUGCUGGAAACUCCUUCCCGGUUUGGUUCUCUGUUUGGGUGCUCUACUUUUUCGAACGAUAAGAUAAGAGGAGUGCAGUUCGAAGGGGAAAUACGAGAGGCAGCAAUUCAACAGACAUGAGGUUCGCUUGGGAUCUGAUUUUCCCGCUCCUGUGGAUCACCUCUUCCUGCUCGGCAGUCAACUGCCCUUGGCCCUGUCGUUGCACUUGGGUGGUGGACAGUUUGUAUGCCGACUGCUCGAGGAGGAGUCUCCAGACCUAUCCGAGCUUCGAUGGGAUUCCCGUGGAGCAUCUGGAUCUGUCGGGAAACAAAUUCGGCGAGUUCCCCACCCAAUACGCGGACAUAGACUCGCUGAUCUACCUGGAUCUGUCCAACAACCACAUCUCGGCCAUUGAAAGUAAGACCCUCAUUGGUUUCACAUCGCUGAGAACUCUGCUGCUGGCGAAUAACUCCAUAGAUUCCUGGGAAGCCCUCACUCCCAACGAGGCCUUCAAAUAUGCACCGAGUCUCAAGCGUUUGGCCCUCGAUGGCAAUCGAUUGGGUAGUUUUGGCACCGGCGAGAGCUUCGAGCUGCUGACCAGUUCAUCGCUGACCGAACUGGAGCUUUCCUCCUGUGAAAUCACCACCGUUGGCGGUGACCAGCUGGUCAAUCAGCUGCCCAGCCUGGAACGCCUCAAUCUGGCCAACAAUAAACUGGCCCAAAUAGCGGCCCUGCCGUCGAGAACCCUGAGGGCCCUGGACCUGAGUAACUGCAGCAUUACGGAGCUAUCCGGCUUCUUUCUCGAUGCCCUACAAAAUCUCGAGGCCCUGAACUUGUCCCGCAACACGCAACUUCAGUUCGACAGCCUCUCGGAGGAUCCCAUACUGACCUACGUGCUGCGCAGGUUGGAUCUCUCCUAUUGCAACUUGGAUGAGAUAGAACUCAGUGGACUGCCCCAGCUGACGGAGAUUCGAUUGCGCGGAAAUCUGCUGAGGGUCGUGGAUGCCAACACCUUUGCUAACAACACCAUGCUGGAGGUUCUGGAUCUCUCGCAGAACGUCCUGCGAUUGAUUGGCCAAGAUGCCUUUGCCAAUCUGAAGCGAUUGAAGGUGCUGAAUCUGGCAUUCAACGAAAUAGCCCGGCUGGACAGGAACUUUGUUCGCAACAACGAUGUGCUGGUGGAGCUCAAUCUCAGUCGCAAUGUCCUGCAGAAGUUGACCAAAAUCGUGUCCAAUUCGGUGCGCACCAUAAACAUGAGUUGGUGUGAGAUUACCGCCAUUGACAGCACCGCAUUGUCCAGUCUGUCGGCCAUUCAAAAGUUGGACUUAUCCAACAAUCUAAUCAGUGAUAUACCCACCUUUAUGCGAUCCGAAACGCUGCAGCAACUGAAUCUAGCCAACUGCAGGCUAACUACCGUUCGCAACAACACCUUCAGAGAGUUUUCCGAGUUGGCGGACCUCCACCUGAAUGGCAAUCGUCUCACGAGUCCCAUUCCACCCCAUUACUUUAGUGGCAAUAAGUACCUCGAUCAGUUGUGGUUGGGCGACAAUCCCUGGAUUUGCGACUGCCACAGUCCGCUCUUCGUGGACUUCUACGACUUUCUGACAUCUAAACCAGCUAAGAUAAAAGACAAAAAUCACUUGCGCUGUGCGGCUCCUGCUAUUUUCUAUGGAAAACUCUGGGAGUUUGCCUGUGCGGAUGUGUGGAUUGUGAAUGCCAGGAGUAGUAGCGGUGGUGAGAAGGCCUGGUCCGUCAUUAUGAUAACCCUGCUGGGGCUGGGUGCUCUGGUCCUGGGCUAUGCCUGCCUCCAAAAGUUCCUGAGGAAGCGGAAAAUCCGGCAGAGUGACAGGGAGUUCGAGGAGAACGAUGAUGAGCUGCGACGCAUACGAGAUCUAAACUCCCGCAUUCUGCUGGAGGACGCCACUCCCAGUUUGCAACAUACCCAGGAGAUAAGUCUGCUGCCCUCCUACGAGGACGCUCUGCGAAUGCCCAAGUUGGUCAGGCCGGUGAAGUCGAUGAUGGAUCUCUCGGGACCCGAAAGAGCUCGCAACUCCCGGAAGCUGAGACGUUCACAAACCCAGGCCGACGGUGAGGGAUCCCAGUCGGAGGCGGAGGACGGACUGCAGCUGGACUCCCGCCAGCGAUUCCGCAGCGUGGAGAUGCUCUCGAACCGGGACAAGGAGAGAACCGCCCAGUAUGGACCUUACAGGCGAACCGGUUACAUGGAGUACAAUCAGUCGGGUAGUCGGCGCUUCAGCAUCGAGGACUCGCGAUUCCCGGCGGCCCACCUGAAGACCCAGAACCUGCAGAGUGCCGAGCAGAUCGGCAACUUUCAGAGCUACGAAAAUAGUCCCUACACGAAGCGUAGGCCCAAAAUAGCCGAGAUUCCUCCGUUCAAGAGGGUAAAUAUGAUGGCCGACAGCGUGGAGUUCCUGACGGAUCCGGAAUACGAUUAUGUGGGCAGCAAACAUGGUAGUCCCUUUGCCAAGAGGAAGCCAAAGACCCCGAUCCUAACACCGCCCACCAUGAAGGUCAGCGCCCAGGUGUACACACUGCAACAGAGUCCCGUCCUGGAACUCGAUCCCGCCAUCGAGGACUACUUCAGUGCGGCCAAGAAGCAGCCCUCCUCGUCCACCAUCGCCAGCGAUUUCCAGGAGCUGGAGGAGCCGGAACUCAAGUCCCUGCCGGAUGACAAUCGAUCAACUGUCUCUCGAUCGGAUGGGGAACCGGAUUUGGAGCGGGGAAAGCGCAAGAAGCGGAAGAACUCGGCCAGUCGGCGGGUGAGCGGCAGUUUCACAGCGGCCAAUGCCGCCGAUAGUUCCUCCAGCGACUCCGAACACCACGUCCUGGUCCACAAGCCCAUGCGAGAGACUUUAUUUUAGGCCCACACCGCAAAUAACACAUAUUAUUAGUCAUUUCCGACCUGUUACCAUAUCCAUAAGACUAUUUAAAUGCACCGCUAAAUAUACUUACAUUUUUGAGAA